AUGGACCCAUACGUAAUUCAGAUGCAGGACCAUGGGAGCCUCCCCUCAGUUCUGGAUGUGCAUGUCAACAUCACUGGGAGAAGCUCCGUGCUGGGAAAACUGAAAAGCAGGAAGGCCAGAUGGUCCGUGAGGCCUUCGGACAUGUCCAACAAAACUUUCAAUCCCAUCCGGGCCAUUGUGGACAACAUGAAGGUGAAGCCAAAUCCAAACAAGACCAUGAUUGCUUUAUCGAUUGGGGACCCUACUGUAUUUGGAAACCUGCUGACAGAUCCUGAAGUUACCCAAGCAAUGAAAGAUGCGCUUGACUCAGGGAAGUUUAAUGGCUAUGCCCCCUCCAUUGGCUACUUAUCCAGUCGGGAGGAAGUUGCUUCUUAUUACCACUGUCCUGAGGCACCCCUGGAAGCUAAGGAUGUCAUUCUGACAAGUGGCUGCAGUCAGGCUAUUGAACUAUGUUUGGCUGUGUUGGCCAACCCAGGGCAAAACAUCCUAGUUCCGAGACCCGGCUUCUCUCUCUACAGGACUCUGGCUGAAUCUAUGGGAAUUGAGGUCAAACUCUACAAUUUAUUGCCAGAGAAGAAUUGGGAAAUUGACCUGAAACAACUAGAAUCUCUGAUUGAUGAAAAGACAGUUUGUCUUAUCGUCAACAAUCCAUCAAACCCUUGUGGAUCAGUGUUCAGUAGACGUCAUCUCCAGAAAAUUUUGGCAGUGGCUGCAAGGCAGUGUGUCCCCAUCUUAGCUGAUGAGAUCUAUGGAGACAUGGUGUUUUCAGAUUCCAAAUUUGAGCCUCUGGCCACCCUCAGCAGCAAUGUCCCCAUCCUGUCCUGUGGAGGGCUGGCCAAGCGCUGGCUGGUUCCUGGCUGGAGGAUGGGCUGGAUCCUUAUCCAUGACCGAAGAGAUAUUUUUGGCAAUGAGAUCCGAGAUGGGCUGACGAAACUAAGUCAACGGAUCCUGGGCCCCUGCACCCUUGUCCAGGGAGCUCUGAAAAGCAUCCUGUGUCGCACCCCUCAAGAGUUCUACCACAACACUCUAAGCUUCCUCAAGUCCAAUGCGGAUCUCUGCUAUGGGGCAUUGGUUGCCAUCCCUGGACUCCGGCCCAUUCGCCCUUCUGGGGCCAUGUACCUCAUGGUUGGAAUUGAGAUGGAACAUUUCCCAGAAUUUGAGAAUGAUGUGGAGUUCACGGAGCGGUUAGUUGCUGAGCAAUCCGUCCACUGCCUCCCAGCAACGUGCUUUGAGUAUCCAAAUUUCUUCCGAGUGGUAAUCACAGUCCCUGAAGUGAUGAUGCUGGAGGCCUGUAGCCGGAUCCAGGAGUUCUGUGAACAGCACUACCAUUGUGCUGAAGGGAGCCAGGAGGAAUGUGACAAAUAG